AUGAGCCUAGAGGAAAACAUCUCCAUGGACUUGCAAGUUCAACCCUCUGAGCAUCUCUGCUAUGUCCGCUGCAACUUCUGCAACACUGUUCUUGCGGUUGGGAUUCCAUGCAAACGGUUGCUGGACACAGUGACAGUGAAAUGUGGUCAUUGCAGUAACCUCUCCUUUCUCAGCACAAGACCUCCACAGCAAGCUCCCUGUCACCAAAUGAGUCUCACUUUUCAGGAGAAGCAGAGCUUUUGCCAAGAUUUGAAACUGGGAAAUUCCUCAUCAUCGACUUCCAGUGAGCCAUUGUCCCCAAAAGCACCAUUUGUUGUAAAACCACCUGAGAAGAAACACAGGCUUCCAUCAGCCUACAACAGGUUCAUGAAAGAGGAAAUACAGCGUAUCAAAACGGCCAAUCCUGAGAUAGCACAUCGAGAAGCUUUUAGCACUGCAGCCAAAAACUGGGCUAGGUACAUUCCUAAUUCGCUAACAGGGUCUACUUCUGGAAGCAAUAACAAUGGUUUAGGUGUUGCAGGAAUGAAGUAA